ACCACAUAUAUUUAAUAUUUCAUAGAUAUUGGCAAAUCAUAACUUUAUUACGUCUAUAUCCGAUCGUUUAAAUCAGAGAUGGAGUCAUCAGCUAUACAGGGCAUAGUGAGCGUUUGCGUGAAGGCUGAGCCCUGUGAAUAUCUGUGUAUAACAGAUGAGCCCAUGGUCGAGGGAGUGUCUGUGAAAGUUGAGCGUUUGCUGGAUGAUGUGUGUGUAAAAGACGAGCCCAGGUGCGAGGGUGCAUCUAUAAAAGCCGACUCUUCAUGCUCAGAUGUGUGUGUAAAAGACGAGUCGCUCGGCGUGAGCGCGGCGGCGGAGCUGUACACCGACCACGCAGUCAAAGAUGAGGUCGUGCUCGGUCCCGUGAUAGUGGAGCGGCGCGUGCGCCACGCACCAACAGCUUUUAACCUGGGUGCAGAAGUAAAACAGUCUUGUGAGAUUGUCCCCGGAAGGCCCCUUCUGAGGGACUGCUGUGUGAGGCUGGAGCGUCUUGUUGUGGACACCCUGCACACUAGCACUCGGAGCACAGACAGGGACAGCACGAGACAAGGUCAUGAAGCUGAUGUAGAGUGUGGAUACAGGAACACCACAGUUGAGAAUGUUAAAGGAAACUAUCAUGAGCAAACCCCUCGGCUGAAACCAAGUGGUAGACCCGAAAUAUACCAAUGUGCCCACUGUAAAUAUGCAACAGCUAGACAAGUAUGGUUAAUCAGGCAUUUCAGAAAACAUACUGAUGCGAAACCAUACAAGUGUGAUCAGUGUAGUUAUGCUAGUGCCAAAAACGGAAAUUUGCAAUGUCAUAUAAGAAAACACACUGGCGACAAGCCUUACAAAUGUGACCAGUGUAGUUAUGCUAGCAGCCAAAAACAUAAUUUAAAAGUUCAUGUAAGAAAACACACUAGUGACAAGCCUUACAAAUGGGACGAGUGUAGUUAUGCUAGCAGCCAUAAAAAAUCUUUGAAGCUUCAUGUAAGAAAUCACACUGGCGACAAGCCUUACAAAUGUGACCAGUACAGUUAUGCUAGCAACCAAAAAAGUUAUUUGAAAGUUCAUAUAAGGAAACACACUGGCGAUAAGCCCUACAAAUGUGACCAGUGUAGUUAUGCUAGCAGCCAUAAAAGUUAUUUGGAGCUUCAUGUAAGAAAACACACUGGCGACAAGCCUUACAAAUGUGACCAGUGUAGUUAUGUUAGCAGCCAUAAAAGUUCUUUGAAGCUUCAUCUAAGAAAACAUACUGGCGACAAGCCUUACAAAUGUGACCAGUGUACUUAUGCUAGCAGCCAUAAAAGUGCUUUGAAGGUCCAUCUAAGUAAACACACUGGCGACAAGCCUUACAAAUGUGACCAGUGUAGUUAUGCUAGCAGCCAAAAAAAUGGAUUGAAGUUUCAUGUAAGAAAACACACUGGCGACAAGCCUUACAAAUGUGACCAGUGUAGUUAUGCUAGCAGCCAUAAAAGUUCUUUGGAGCUUCAUGUAAGAAAACACACUGGCGACAAGCCUUACAAAUGUGACCAGUGUAGUUAUGCAUGUAUCGCCAAAAGAUAUUUGAAUACUCAUAUAAGGAAACACACUGGCGACAAGCCUUACAAAUGUGACCAGUGUAGUUAUGCAUGUAUCGCCAAAAGAUAUUUGAAUACUCAUAUAAGGAAACACACUGGCGACAAGCCUUACAAAUGUGACCAGUGUAGUUAUGCAUGUAUCGCCAAAAGAUAUUUGAAUACUCAUAUAAGGAAACACACUGGUGACAAGCCUUACAAAUGUGACCAGUGCAGUUAUGCUAGCAACCAAAAAAAUGAUUUGAAAGUUCAUAUAAGGAAACACACUGGCGAUAAGCCCUACAAAUGUGACCAGUGUAGUUAUGCUAGCAGCCAUAAAAGUUAUUUGGAGGUUCAUGUAAGAAAACACACUGGCGACAAGCCUUACAAAUGUGACCAGUGUAGUUAUGUUAGCAGCCAUAAAAGUUCUUUGAAGCUUCAUCUAAGAAAACAUACUGGCGACAAGCCUUACAAAUGUGACCAGUGUACUUAUGCUAGCAGCCAUAAAAGUGCUUUGAAGGUCCAUCUAAGUAAACACACUGGCUACAAGCCUUACAAAUGUGACCAGUGUAGUUAUGCUAGCAGCCAAAAAAGUAAAUUGAAGGUUCAUGUAAGAAAACACACUGGCGACAAGCCUUACAAAUGUGACCAGUGUAGUUAUGUUAGCAGCCAUAAAAGUUCUUUGAAGCUUCAUCUAAGAAAACAUACUGGCGAUAAGCCUUACAAAUGUGACCAGUGUAGUUACGCUAGUACUUACAGACAAGGUUUACUAAUCCAUAAAGGUAAACACAUUAAUGACGAGUAUACAGGUUCAAAGAAUUUUUUACUGGAUCUUGAACGACGGCGUAAAGUUGCAGAUGUCAGGAGCAGUCAGCUCUCGGUCGCCCACGGUGACGCGCGCGACGCCGCGCACGACCACACUUACGCGCGGCGAGAGUCCGCGCCGGCGCCGGGGCCCAGUGCCGCUCCUCCAGGCCUCGAAAGCGCCCACCAGGAGCGCUCGCACGAACUAAGCGAGGCCCGCAGCCGUGACGUCCUGAACAUGGAGAUAUUGGAGACCAAGAGAACGACAGCCGAAGCAAUAACUAACGUUAACUUGUCGAAAAAUCCCUAAUAAAUAAAUCGUGAUAGCUUACAUAUUGUUGAAAAAAUAGUCCGCACUUACCUCAACAUAUGUAUUGGUAGUGGCAGAGUUUUGCGUAAUAUUUCCUAUUAAAUAUUUGGCAAAGAACAUAAUUGCCGGCUUGUAACCUUUGUUCAAUCAGUCAGAGUGCAGUGAAAUAAAUCUAUGUGGUGACUUCAUUCAAUUUUGUUAUUGCCCUGACAAUGAGUCCUAAGUACGGGCUUAAGAGCCUAUCAACGUGCUCACUAGCGCCACUGGUAAAUAAUUGUGAUUAUUUAAAAUUAACGAUAGAAAUUCAAAAAAAGUGGGCCGCUACGUACUGUAUUUUGUAUUUAGGUACCUUUCGAAUACAAUAUAAUAGUUUUUACGUUGCUGGAUUCGUCAAUCUAUGCGUCCAAAGUUAAAACGUCCGUUUUUGUUUUGAGUUCAUAGAUCGACGAAUCCAGCAACUUAAAAAUUAUUAUAUUGUAUUCAAAAUGUGCCUAAAUACAAAAUACAGUACGUAGCGGCCCCCUUCUUUAAAUAUCUAUCGUUAAUUUUAAAUAAUCACAAUUAUUUACCAGUGGCGCUAGUGAGCACGUUGAUGGGCUCUUAAGAUA